AUGCCGUCAUUUUCACAAACAGUUCUACUGAAAAAUCUUUAUCACAAUCCAUUGAUCGAUACACGACAAGCGGAUGCGUUUGCAAAGGCAGGUCAACAAAACGAUCAAGAGCAACAGUACUUCGAGGAAUUCUUCGAGGAGCUCUUCGUUGAGUUGGAGGACAAGUACGGUCCAAUAGACGAGAUGAACAUUUGUGAUAAUAUCGGCGAGCAUAUGAUUGGUAAUGUUUAUGUGAAAUUCGAGAACGAAGAGGAUGCGGACAAGUGCGUGAAGGGUCUCGACGAUAGAUGGUUCGUUCGUUCUCAGUUGUUCUUUUUCGCCAAUUUUUUAGACUCUGCUUUCUUGGGCGGUUGCAGUAAGGGAGCGUUCUGUAACUUCAUGCAUCUGAAACAAAUAUCACGAGAGUUGAGACGAAAAUUGUACGGCUCUAGAGCGGAUUAUCGUGGUACCGGAUACUACGGUGCUGGAUCGCACGGUGGAGCGGGUGGUGACGCAGUUGGUGGAGGUGGAGGUGGAGGUGGAGGCGGAGGCGGAGGUGCUGGAAGAGGAGGCGGAGGACGAGGCGGAGGAGGGGGUGGCUACGGAGAUCGUCAUGGAUACGGAGGAGGAGGUGGGGGAGGGGGAGGAGGCGGCGGGGGACGUAGGCGUUCCAGAAGCCCGAGGGAUCGACGUCGUUAUUGA